CAUUACCACCACAUUUGAAAACGCCAAAAGACGAGGCUGCUCCACUUCUACUGGUUUCGCGGGAUAUCUCUGAUCGGCAGAAGACAGGAAAAAUAUUUUUUGUGUGUGCUGAGUUAGCCAUUAUCCCAUUCCUAAAGUCUUCAAAUCGUAUGGCUGGCCAACCAAAGCGCAUGCGAGCGAAAGCGCAGCUGCCACCGUGUUACUAUGAGGGAUACCUUGAAAAGAGAUCACCUAACGAAAAGAAUUCUCGGAAGCUGUGGACAUGUCUGUGUGGGAAUACCUUGUUUUUCUUCAACACCACCAUGGACAGUAACUACACAGAGAAGCUGGACCUCGGUGGCUUCAUCUCCCUGAUGGAUGAUGUUACCCGCAGCUUGAAGCUGGAUGCCGCGCAGUUCACCCUUCGGAUGACGGACAGUGAGGUUAAAUUCUCGGCUCCUAGCCUGGAGGCCCGGGAACUCUGGAAGGGCUACAUCUACGCUGUGGUGACGCUCACGGUGCCGAGCUCUUUGAACCUGCUGCCGGGCCAGGUGCACAUGCUGAGAGAGGUGAUCGACGCAGAGAGGGAGAGAGCAGAGCCCCCUGCCCUCAGCUCGGCGCCCCCUGCCCUCCCCUCGGCGCCCCCUGCCCUCCCCUCGGGGCCCGGUCCGGCCCUCUACGUGCCCCUGCAGGCCGACAUGCCAGCGUGCUACCAUAAAGUGUCGCGGACCGAGGCGGAAAUUCUCCUGGAGAGGAACCAGGAGCAGGGGAACUUUCUUCUCCGGCCAGGCAGGGCCGCGGGCUCCUUGGCUAUCACCACCUACCAAGACCUCAACGGACCGGUCUUCAGACACUAUCGAGUGGCUCGGAACCCAGAUGGAGGAUUUUCAAUUGACGUGCUGAACCCAAUACCCUGUGCCACCCUUCAUGAUGUCGUCACCUAUAUGGUGGAGAUGACCGCUGGAACCAUGAGACCUUUAAUUCUGGAAGAUCAGUAUGAUGAAAAAAUCACAUUUAUUCAUUCCAACAAUGAGAAUGGAGAGAGAAGUCUACAGAGUGCCUCUAUCGUUUCCAAUGCCAUCGUACCUAUACCAACCCCCAAACCAGGCCACCUAAGUGAGUGGGAGGAAAGCUUAGACAUGGAGUUCAGCUUCGAUGACAUCUUUUACAUGAAUAUCCCCAGCAGCGUCGAAGAUAAGACAACCGCAGCGCGUUCCCUCACACCUCCACCAAACAUAGCGAGAAAGGCCCUGUUACCCAAGACUCGCCUCUUCCCCUCCUCAUCCCCCAUCACUGUCGUGUCAGCGAAAAAAACGAAGUUACCCAAGGCUCCCUCCUUCUCCUCCUCAUCGCCCCCUGAAGGGCAGGAGAACAGCACCCCAGAUGUGUCUCUUUCAGGGGUCGCUGGAGAUAAACCCAAACCCCCACCGAAAGCGGAUAAGCCCAGAAGUGCCCUGCUACCCAAGUCUAUCUCCUUCCCAUCAUUAGUAUCUGAAGAACAAAACAGCAGAUCUUCAGCUGACCGUCAAGACAUCAGACCCCCUGUCCCUGCCCCCCGUGUGAGGCCCACCGAUGACCCCCGUAAAGUGAGGCGGGCCACUAUGUCAUCAGUCCCAGACGACCACCUUGCAGCAGCUUUAUCAGAGGAACUUAAAGAGAAGUUAAAGUUGCGAGAGAAAAAGUGAGGGUCCCUCCCGACAUCACCUGCACUGCUCUGGAAAAGAAACCACCAAAUUGACACUGAGCCUCGGCCUGUAAGGACAUUCCUGAUUGGGACUUAAGCUGCUUCUAAACUACAUAGGCUGAUGCUUUCCUAAGCAGGAAAUCACGGCUUUCUUUUCGACCUGUCACUGGCUGACAGGUUGGUAUCAAUUGUACUGUGUACAAGAAAAGAUUUGUAGUAGUAAGACACCUCGGUGGAUCUAUGAGGCUACUUGGUCGUUGCUGGCACAAGACUAAAUACUAACAAGCCAUUGAUGCUCAAUAGAGCUCGGGAGGGUGUUCAUUGAUUGUACAUAUUGUUAAACUCCAGUUAUCACUACUACUACUACUACUACUACUACUACUAUUACCACCACUGUGAAUUUGCACACUGAAGCAUAUGAAACAUGUUUGUUGUAUGAAUGUGAUUGAAUUUACUUCUGUUAUUUCCCUCCUUCAGUGUUAGACAAUUUUAUGUUGUCCUGAACUUCUCUGUUUAAGGGUUCUGCUGUAUGUAUAGCUGUGCUCUUCCUCCCUGCGAGGUUGAACACAAAGAAGGAACAUAUGUGUUAUUUUAUGUACUGUAUGCGUUUCCUUUAAUAAAUGUCUUGUGAGAUCACAAA